AUGAAAUUAUCAAUUGCAACGUGGCUAACGCUUCUGAUGAUUAUCACUGUGCAUGGAUAUCAAGUAAAGCCAAAAAAUUUCCAUCAAAUGGUGAACUUACUACAAGAUCAAUAUGUAAAUAUUUUGAAGGAUUUUCAGCAGGAACUUCAGGUUUGGCAACAAACUAAAGUGAGGACAGCGCGCCUUCAGCAAAUGUUCCAUGAGUGGAAAUUUUCAAAAGCAGACCGUCGUAAUGAUUUGGAAGAUCUUCCCAUCGAAAGACAAACAACGUUCUGCAUUCUCUGUCGGUCCAUUGUGUCGCAGUUGAUGCAGCAACGGAUAGAUGGAGCUACCAGGGCGGAUUUGUUCGCAACAGCGUAUGAACUGUGCACCAGUUUGCAGAUUCAAGAAUCGGAUGUUUGCUUUGGUGUGAUAGACAUAAACAUCGAUAUUUUCCUACAUAUUUUCGACGAACGGCCCAACUUGGGGGCGGACAGUGUGUGCGGUGUUAUUUUCCAAUCUUCAUCGUGUGUGAUCAACGAUCCGGAGUUUCUUGACUGGUCCGUCAAUGUGGAUUCGGGUGGAGAACCCGUCUCACAAUCGAAACACUUUCCAAACUCGCGAGGGGAAAACGAUAUCAAAAUAGUACACCUAACCGACAGUCAUUAUGAUCCGAAAUACGAAGUCGGUUACAAUGCGAACUGCAACAAACCGACCUGCUGCCGUAACGAUCAAGGUAUUCCAGACGACCCGGAAGAUGGUGCCGGGUUCUGGGGAGACCUUCGACUGUGCGAUUCUUCAUGGGCAUCCAUCGAAGACGCCAUUGAUCACAUUGUCGAACAGCACCCGGAUGCAGCGUACAUUUACCACACAGGAGAUAUAGUCGAUCAUGGUGUUUGGGAAACCUCGGUUAGUCAUAAUAUUCGUACCAUGAACCGGUUUCACAACAAGCUGGUGGAGGCAUUUCCAAAUACACCCGUUUACAAUGCUAUAGGUAAUCAUGAGGCCCAUCCAACAAAUGUUUUUGCCCCACCGACUGUGAAUCGUUUGGAGUUUUCCUCGAGUUGGCUGUAUAACUACCUGGCGGAUGUUUGGGACCACUGGCUUCCACGAUCGACCAUCAAUACAAUCCACCAGGGUGGAUUCUACACGGCACUAGUUCGUCCGGGGUUACGAAUGGUUGUCGUCAACAAUCAGGACUGUUACAACUUCAACUGGUGGAUUCUGUGGAAUCCGGGAUAUCUUGCAACGCAGCUUCAGUGGUUGCAUGAUAUUCUGCUGCAUGCAGAACGUAACGGUGAAAAGGUGCACCUUCUCGCUCACAUUCCGUACAGCUCAAGUGGAUCAACCUACUUCGUGUGUCAGCGGGAAUUUCGUCGCAUCGUCGAACGAUUCUACGACACCAUAAGUGCACAGUUUAAUGGACACACCCAUCGGGAUGAAUUUAACGUGUUUUACUCGCGGGAGAAUCCCGAAUUCGCUAUUAAUGUCGCGUGGAACGGGGGAAGUUUAACGGCCAGUCACAUGAAUCUAAACUAUGUCGUGUACUACGUCGAUCCGGAAACAUACCAAGUGACCGAUUUCGAGUCAUACAUCUUCAACCUAACGGAGGCAAACCGUUUCCCGGACAGGCGGCCAGAAUGGUUCAAGCUGUACUCCUUCGCGGAUGCGUUCGGAAUGCACAACCUCAGUCCAGCCGAAGCCGAUACGAUGGUGAAACGACUCGGUACUCCAGCCGGUCGGAGUGAGCUACGAAGAUACUGGGAGUUUACGGUCAAAAUGGGUGACCUAUCGCUAGCGGCCGGUUGCGAUGACGACUGUCUGCUGAACCUUCUCUGCCGGAUUGUCGUAAGCGAACUGAACGACGAUGUGAAAUGUGACGAGCUGAGAGAAACAUUCUUUGAUUAA